AGGAGCCUGAUGAAGUGGAAGGAGUGUGAUGGGACCACUAGGUGAAGGAAGGGACCAGAUACGAAGGUCUGGGCGCCAGGAUUCGGGCUUGUAUUUUCUGUCUGCCUUGAACCUUGGGAGCCCUCGGAAGGCCAUCCUUUCAGGACUAGGCACCUAGUGAAUUCAGAAACAAAAAGUCGAAAAAGGGCAAAGUGAGACCCUGCCAAAAAACAAAAAUCGAGACCCUAGGCAAAAGAGAAAAAGGGCAAGAGUUGUAAGUGGUUGGAAUAGAAGUGGCUUCAUCUCAAGGUUGUACAUGUCCUACUUGAAUUCGGAAGAACUCAAGGAUUACUUCAUCAUGGCAGCUGUACCCCAUAGGCAUAUAAGAAGAAGAUGUUUAAAACUAUAAGGAAUCACCCCAGUAAUGGAUCUCUGUCCGGAAAGUGAGACUGUUGGAGAAAAUAAUGAAAGUAAGAAAAUUCAAGAUGCAGAAGAAACCGCACUGACUUUAGGUUGUCCAGAUGAGAGAAGUGAGAGGAAUCAUGUUUGCUGUCUUCUCGGGAUCAGCGACCUCACGUUGGAAGAGGAUGAACGGGCCAGCGAAUUUGCCAUCAACACCGGGUGGGAAGAAGCCGUCCACGGCUGGGGAAGGACCUCACCAACUGCCUGCAUCUGGUCAAGAAAGAAAGUGAAAAAGGGGAAGGUGGGAGAAGGCACCAGUGGCGGCGGCAGCAACUGCUUGUUCUGUAUGAGCCUUUCUCAAGGGAGUCUGGAGGCUCAUUCCCUCUCAGAGGUCGGGAAACUGGAGGCUGGUGCUGUGGCUGAGGUGAGCCCCGAGAAGAGCUGCAGCCCCGAGAAGUGCGGCAGCCCCGAGAAGUGCCACAGCCCCUCCCAGGGCCCCAGCACUGCUUCCAGAGAGCCUCACAAACUCUGCUUUCCCACAUACUUGCAUGGAGAAAAAAAAAGCCUGCAAAUCAAGGAAUUUAUCUGGUGCAUGGAAGAAUGGGGCAUUCCCGAGACAGUUAGCAGCAAGACCUGCAGAAACCCCUGCGGAAGCACUGACCGGGGCCUCUCCAUCUCCGACUCCCUCAAUUCCAAGGCCCUCAUGGUUCUGCCCCCACUGAAAACCUCUCCCCCCAGCAGCUUGGAUGUGCUGAGUAAGAAGAGCAGGAAUAUUUUCUGGCAGCCAGAAGAAAAGGCGCUAAGGACGGAAAAGGAGGAGUGUGUGGCUGGUACAGAUGGAUUGAAGACAGUUGAUGGGAAAAGUGAAAAGAGACACUUUGAGCUGGCCAGCCACGUGAAGGUCACCGACAUGCUGCCUUUCUCUCCCCCUGGGGCCCAGACACACCUGCUGGGGGCAGAGUCUCAAAGGUGCUGCCUGCACUGGUCCCUCCUGCCCCAGAAGAGCUCUAUGUACCCAUCCAACCCCACCAACAUCCACUAUCUUGCCACCUUGCAGGUGUUGCAUAAACAGGGAGUGCAAAACUGCAGAGCCAGGCUCAAAGCCAAGGAACCCAAACCUGCCAGGAGCACCCACAAGCACCUUCUCCCAGAGGCCAAGCAGGAAAACAGGCCUCGAGCGCUAGAGAAGAAAAUGUUCCCCAAACCUCUCUUGCCGUCCCUCACAGUGAGCAGAGUUGUCAUCCCCGUCUCUACUCACAGAGUCCUCUGAUUUGUCACAAUAUAAUUUCCUGGGAAUAA